GAGUUGUUUAUUAUUUUUAUUUUUAAAUGUGUCAUGAAUUAAGGGCAAUGGUAAUGUUUACAAACCUUUAAUAUUUUUGUGAUACCUGAUGGAUUACUCCGUGAUUUCUUCGCCUAAAAUAUUGUGAAUAUUGUGUAUAACUUGCGUAAGUUGUAUGUACGGACGCAACCAACUUAUAUCCUGCAUUCUAGCAACAUAAGGUCAAGUGUCGCUACUGUGUAUAGUUUCAGUACACCCGCCCAUUCUAUCCCCAUCGCUUGUACGCGACGACAUUAUCUGAUUUGGCGAUAAAAACCGACACCCUUGCAAUCGCACCACGAGUAAAAAACAUCACACAAAUAAUAUGGCUGAGGAGAACUUGUUUGACCAGAUUUACUCGCAGCUUGUAAGCGAUCCAGGAAGCACGGAGCAAACAGUGAUUGAAGAAAAAAACCGUUCAUUGCAGCAGUACAGCUGAGAACUUCAAAGUGUCCGGACGGGCAGACGGACGACGGGUGCGACAAGUGCUUCUUGGUUCAGAAAAGUAGUGUCGGAAGAAAGUUUAGGGCAAGUGUUAGUCUACUCUCUCCGUGGAGAAAUCAAGUUAUUCAGAGACAAAGAGUGAACUGUAAAAAAGCUACACACUGCAAGUAGUGGUUUUGUAGGCGAGUGACGAGUUCAAGAAACAUUGCUAAAAGUGUACCGUUUGCAUUGAUUGGUGUUGGUAUCGAGAAACACACUUGACUUGACUCUGCUGAAAGCAUAACUCCAACCGCCAUUGGAUGAUUGGAGGAGAACAGCGUUGUAGCUGGUCUUUGGGUCAACGUGCUUGCGCAUCAACAUCCACAUGACGCAGCUAGCGAGGCUACGCUCCCUGUUGGUGGGCUUAGCGUUCUACAUGGGCGUGACAAAGACUACGGCGGCAUACCGAAUCGGUGUUGGACGUGCAGACUGUACCGGGCCACCUGUCGAGAUAGGAUUUAUGGGUUAUGCAGAGUUCUCACAGCGUGGUCAUGGAAUUCAUCUGCGUCAAUUUUCCCGUGCCUUCAUAUUCGAAGACGAACAGGGUGAACGAGUGGUGUUUGCCAGUGCGGACGCCGGAAUGAUGGGGCACGCAGUCAAGCGAGACGUGGUUGAUUUACUGCAGAAAAAAUAUGGCGACAUUUAUCGGUUUGAGAAUGUAGUGUUAAGCGGUACUCACAGCCAUAGUGUACCGUCAGGAUUCUUGAUGUCGUUUCUGUACGAUAUUGCAUCGCUAGGAUUUGUACCGCAAAAUUUCAAUGCCUUGGUGGAAGGUAUUACGCUAAGUAUUGUUAGGGCACACGAAAGUAUGCAGGAAGGCCGUGUUUACGUGUCGGACAUCGAAGUUCAGGAAGCUAACAUCAAUCGAAGCCCUAGUGCUUACGAAAAUAAUCCUGAAUCUGAGAAGGAAUUCUAUAAAGAUUACACGGAUAAAAAAUUGGUUCAACUGCGCUUGGUGGGUAGUAAUGGCCAGCUGAUAGGAGCCAUCAAUUGGUUUGCUGUCCAUCCGACGUCGAUGAAUAAAACGAACUGCUACGUUUCCAGUGACAAUGUAGGAUACGCUUCAAUCAUGCUCGAACAGGAAAUCAAUCCUGGCAGUAUGCCAGGGCAGGGAGACUUCGUCGGGGCCGUAGCGGCCAGUAAUCUCGGUGACGUUUCGCCCAACGUGAUGGGACCCAAGUGUGAGAAAACCGGUUUGCCGUGUGAUCUGCUUACGUCUUCCUGUCCCAGCGGUGCGGGUGCCUGUAUCGCUUCCGGUCCCGGUAGUGACAUGUUUGCGAGUACCAAAAUGAUUGCAACGAGAAUUUACGCAGCAGCAUCGAAACUGCUGAAAUCAAACGGCGGACGCGAGAUUCGCGGCCCAAUAUCCUCCGCCCACCAGUUCAUCGACAUGACCAAGACGGUCGUUCCGUACUUCAAUCGCACCACGAACCACGUUGAGGAAGUUCGCGGCUGUUAUCCCGCCAUGGGGUACAGUUUUGCAGCCGGAACGACCGACGGUCCGGGUGCGUUCGAUUUCCGACAGGCCAUGCUGACGGAUACGACGUUCUGGAACACGGCACGGGAUUUGAUUGCCGUCCCGACGGCAGAGGACAUCGAGUGUCAGGCCCCGAAACCGAUACUGGUGGCGAGCGGGCGGACGACCUUUUCCUACGAAACGCAGCCGAAAAUCGUUCCGGUACAGCUGCUGGUGCUUGGAGACUUUGCAAUUGCGGCCGUUCCGGCCGAGUUUACCACUAUGUCCGGUAGACGUUUGCGAAAGGUAAUUGAGAACGCAUCGGUUGAUGCCGGUGGGAAGAAGGUACAGGUUGUGGUUGCUGGGCUGUCCAACAUGUACACUAGCUACGUCGCUACUCCUGAGGAGUACGCAAUUCAACGUUACGAAGGCGCUUCUACGCUGUACGGACCGCACACUUUAACAAUAUACUUAGAUCGUUUUAAAAAGCUUAUGGAAGCGAUUGUCACUGGAGAGAAAGUUCAGCCAGGUCCUGAACCACCAUUCGAAGAUUACAAGCAAAUAACGCUUUCAACCGGAGUUGUGUUCGAUGGUCAUCCUUUUCGAAUGUAUUUUGGUGAUGUUCAAAUUCAACCGGAGGAAAGUUACAAAAAGGGAGCUACAAUCAAAGCGAUGUUCGUGGCUGGCAAUCCACGAAACAAUUUAAUGCACGAAAAGACCUACUUAACAGUGGAGAAGCAGGUGGGUGAAAACGACUGGAAGAUUGUUGCGACGGAUGCCAGUUGGGAUACAAGAUUCAAAUGGAUUCGAAAAUCCACCCUAUUCGCGUACAGCGACGUUGAGGUGGAGUGGGAGACUGGACAGGAGACUGAGCCCGGUACCUACCGGAUACAGCAUUUCGGCUACUGGAGGUACAUACUGGGAGGCACAUAUCCGUACAACGGAACUACAAGGAAUUUUAGCAUUUUAUAGAUGAGAUUUUUUAUAGCAAUGUAUUAUUUGUGAUAAAUACAA